AUGACCAAAUGGGAUGCAGCACUCUAUGAUGAGACGCAAUUGAAAAAUCAGAUGAGUUUCGAUAUAAUUUGGAGUCACGUUAAAUUAAACAAUGAUACAACGUAUCCGUAUAGUUUUGCUAACGAAAAUUUAGAUCUUAUUUUGGGUCUAUCACUUGAUUUUGGAAUUCCAACUCUUCUCGUAUCAUCAUCAUUGGUAUUUAGUGCUCUUAAACUUGAUAAUAAUCUUAUAUUUCAUGACCGAGUUGAUGCUGGUUGUCAAUUAGCUGCUCAUCCGUAUUUACAAAAAAUUAAAUCUUUACCAUUAAAUGAAAAAAAUUCAUAUUUAGUUAUAAGUUUACCGCGUGGUGGUACUGUUGUUGGUGAUGAAGUAGCUAAACAAUUAAAAAUAACACAUGAUUUAGUUUUUUCGAGAAAAAUUCCAUGUCCUAGACAACCAGAAUUUGCUAUUGGUGCUGUAUCAGAAUUAGGUGAUGUCAUAUGGAAUGAUUAUGCUAAACAAGAAAAAUUAAUUGAUAAACCACAUGUUCAACAAAGUAAAGAUAAACAAAUUCAAGAAGCACAACGACGAAAAAAAUUUAUCGUGGUCAACGUAAAUCAUUGGAAAGUUUAA